AUGUUGGUAGAUAUUGCUGUGCAAAUUUUACGAGUUGUACUAACAACAUUUAUUAUUUUGGGAACAAUUGGUAAUGGUCUCAAUUUAUUUAUUUUUACACGUCCGACACUCUCAAAAUCAUCUUGUACAUUAUAUCUUAUUGCAGCUUCAAUUGAUAAUAUUCUGGUUAUUUACAUAUCAUUAUUAACUCGUUUAUUAGCCAAUGGAUUCUCUCUUGAUGUAGCAAAAACAUCGGAUGUUAUGUGUAAAUUACGAUUUUAUUUUGGUUAUGUAUUUUUUGCUUUAUCACCAUAUUUCUAUACAUUGGCUUGUUUUGAUCGAUAUUGUUCAAGUUCAGCAUCAGCUACACGCCGAUCAUUGUGUAAUAAAAAAGUAGCAAAACGAUUAAUUAUUGGAGCAAUUAUUUUGGCUUGUAUUUUAUAUUUUCAUAUGGCAAUAUUCUUUCAAAUAAUUACGGAAGAUUCCAUGGUUUUGUGUGAUGCUCAACCAGGUCUUUAUGAGUUAUUUUAUCGAAUAUUUUAUCUGGUAAUUUAUUGUAUUUUACCAUCUUUUUGUAUGGCUGUAUUGUGUAUACUUACACUGAUGAAUAUUCAUAAACAAACACGUCGAAUUCAACCUGUCUUCACAAUUGGUAAUGAUGGUUCUCGUCGUCUUGAACAUCAUUUAAUUCGAAUGUUAUUUGCACAAAUUAUAACACAAGUUCUUUCUAUUCUACCAUUUGCUAUUCUUAAUUUAGUGGGUUUUUUAACUGAUCGACGUACAAAUUUAUUUGAAUUUUUCAAUCAAAUUUUUACUCUACCAUUAUUUAUUAGUUACGCAACAAGUUUUUAUAUUUUUACAAUGUCAUCUUACAUAUAUCGACAAGAGUUACUUAGACUUUUCUGGUUUCGAAAAGCAAGAGGAGAUGAAAGAAAAUUCAGUUUACAAACAUUAGUAAAUGGCCAAAAUACUCUAACGAAAAGGAAGGGUACUACUAGUAAAAUUGCAAAUUGA